AUGUUUACUGCUCACACUCUUCUAUUCUCAAAAAUUGACCUUUCCUAUCUUAUAUUAGUCGGUCGCGUAUUUAUCGAACACGACGCUCUAAAAGUAGAUGGCGCAAGUAAAUACACCAUAUUUCAAGUAAAGGUGGAAUCUUGGAGCGAAGUCUACAAGCAUGUUGGCCUCCAGACGCAUGAAGUACUAUAUGCGCUAUUCGAAAGACAAUGGGACUUACGAGGAAAACUUCUACGAGGAGAUCAUCUAGUUAUAGGAGGAAUAAUACAUCCGAAAGAAAUUGAAGGAAGUAUAGUCAAGUGUGUAAUAGUGGAACACAUGUGGCUUGAGCUGGCCAAGUCCAAGGUGAUAGUUAUCGAAGGUGAUGGAGAUCCAUCAUAUAAAACUUAUACGGGAUUUUUCAAGCACUUAUGUGACCUUCGUAGUGUUCUCGACACUCAAGAAUGUCCUUAUUGA